AUGUACCCAACCAUUGCAAUUUCGCUCCGUACUCUUGCCGCCUUCCGGCAAUGUCAUCGAGCCUGUCCUCGCUUCAGUAUCCAGGCACAGUGUAGAACACUUUGUUUCCUUCAUGAUAUUCCUUACCGGCCCUACCUCAAUACACAAUUCUCGGCCGCUUACGAUAUUUAUUUGGAAAUCAUCCAUCACGUUGACCAGCGCCUCAAGGCGGCGCUCAAACACGACACUCCCAAUUGGCGCUUACUAAAUUCCUGUCCCGCUUGCUUCUAUAAACUCCAAGAUGAGCCAACCCUUGAUUUCAACUGGCUCGUGUGCGUCGAUGGCAACAAUAGCUUAAAGAGAUGGGAUUCCUCCAUCUAUGGUAACACUGCUUGGUUGGAUUCUCGUCAAGCUCGUUCAGACUACUGGAUUGAUCGUGAAACUGUUGACAAGUAUAAACACGAAGCGAAAUCGUGCGAUAUCAACUCCCAUGAUGAUAACUGGGAGGAAGAGCCGGUUGACGCUAGCACUAACCCUUCUAAUGUGCUCACUUGUGUUGAUCGAUGGUGCAAUGCUGGCCCUGAGACUCGUAAAAAAAUGUUUUCCGUGUUUCAUGAGUCUGGGAUCUUUAUCGCUGCUUGUCGCCACCGCUUCAUACUUCUAGCUUGCGACAUGGUUCAGAGUGGCGAGCUAGCUAAAUAUCCGUUGGCGCUCAUUGACAAGCUCCUCACUGUAUAUGGAAAGAACGGGGGCUGUGCUUAUGAUAUCGGAUGUGCCUUCUCAAAGACCCUGAGCAAUAGUUCCUUCGGCUCUCGAGCGCACGAUCUUGGUUUUCGGAUGAUGGUCGGGUCCUUUCAUGGCCAUGCACACAACCACAAAUGCCAGUUACGUUGGCAUCCAAUGUAUAUUCCUGGAAUGGGACACACUGAAGGCGAAGGUUGUGAACACAUUUUCUCUGCUUCCAAUGAGCUUGCUCGUAGUACUAGACAUGCCAGUUCCUUCCAUCGACAUCAAUCUAUCAAGGAACACUUCUCAUUUUGGGAUCAAGACAAGUACGCUAGCCUUAGUAAUUUCUUAUGGAACCACUAUCGAGAAGCGCUGAAGGCAGUUCACAAUCUCACCACUGAACUCACAGCUAUCAAACACGAGCUUCGACUAACCGAUGAUGAUUUCGUUCGUUUUCUCGACGAAGAGCAAAAAUACCUUGAUGAUCUGAAGCAGCCACCAGCCGAAGACCGUAUCCGCAUUCGCUAUGUUGAGACACUUGAUGAACUGGCUGAACGAAGGUCCGAUUGGGAUUCGGCUCGCCAAGCAGCCAACAAUGCACUUACCGAACUUCCGGCAAGCAGCCUAGUGCAGAUCAAUCAAGCUCUAACAGUUGCCCGUAUUCGGGUUGAUUCAUCCUAUGCUAAACUACAGCACGCGGAGGCACUAGUGGCCCACAUGGAAUCUCAGCUUGGUGUAGAUGCACGAUGGGAAAUUGGUGGUGAGGAGUAUAGCUGCUUCAAGGAAGAAGCUUCUCUGGGCAAAUAUCGAGCUGCGCUCAAUGACUUAGAACGCUUGGUUGUGAUGCGGCUGUUUGAACUUUCAAAGCUGUCGUUAUCGGGCACAGGGUAUAAACUUCGUCAGCAAAUUAGCAAAGCCCUACAACGACGUUCUGAGGCUAUCUGCAAAGCUAUCGCACGCUACAAUGUUCAAGCUGUAGCCUUGAAUCCUCCGUGCGACAAGAUAUCAUGGAAGGACAUCGCUGAUUACACUUUCCUUGGAGAGUUUGACCUCUUGCAGCACUCUCGCAGCGAUGUUCGAAGUGAUGAUUGGGCCAAACCGGCUUACCGAGAAGAAACUUCAAAGUAUUUCAAGCUCCUCCGUGCUCGUGAAGAAAUCACUCGACUUAACGUUGAAAUUCGGCGUCUCCGCACUGCUAUUUACGAUGAAGAACUUCAGGCCACUGCUGUCAUUCGCGAUCUUUCUGGUUCUGACCCAUUGCUUGCUAGUGAGCUGAAGCGCCAGUGGCGUUCUCGAGCAGCUAUCAACGCUGUCCAUGUUUAUCGCUUAGAUCAAAUUGGGAGUCUUACAGGAUUCUCUGGUGUCCGUGGUCGAGAGGACAUCGAUGACAUUCAGGCAAUCAUCAUGUCUGAUUAUGUUGACAUGGAUGCCAUUGAUCGGGAAGAAUUUGGUAGGGCAACGGAGGACAUCGCCGACUAUUUACAAUCCAUUGUCGACUGA